AUGGCUAUCGUGUACGCAGAUGAACUGCACAUCGCCCACCUAGACGACGGGUCAGGGCCCAAAGCCCCCGUAAAGAUCUCGACAUUCGAAAAAUCCCACUGGAAGAUCGUGCCCCACCCGGUUCAACCCCACGUCGGUCCAAAAGUCGCAGAACUCACCUCUGUCUGGUGGCUCGACGUUACCGCUAUAUUCUCGCAGGCGACGUCUAAUGCGCCAACCAGGGCUGGGAGGCAUAAAGUCGAGUGGAAGAUGAAUCUGAAUGUUGCCGAGACGGAUAAUGUGGUCGUUGGGACCGAGUUCCGUGCUAUUACUUUCCGCAAGGAUGAGGACCCGAAUUCGUCGGUAGUCCAGGAGAGAGAACCAGCGAUACGGUUCAAACCCCAGACGCUCCAAGAAUUCAUGUCCCACACCGAUCGCCCAAACUCAAUUCCGGCACUCCCGAAAUCCCUCCAGCAGGUCAAUGACCUCAAUGCGCGACCUGGGAAUUAUGAUCCGGAUCAGCAGGGGUUCUUUACGUUGACGUUGCCUGGGGAGGUUGUUGUGCAGGAGGAUCCUGGGGAGGGUGGGGGCAGCGAAGGGAAUGUUUUGGUGCAGAUGAGGAACCAUGACAAGACUGUGAAGAUGGGGAUGCAGAUCGAGUACGUCAAGUUGGUUCACAUCGAGUAA